AUUGUUUUUGUUUAUACACAUUUUUAAAACUUAUUUACUAUCUUUUGUACUGUAUUGAAUUUGUUUCAUUGAUUAAAAACUAAUCGUCUUAAUUUGUAAAAGGAUGACACCUCCAGGACGAAAAUCGCUAACAAUCAAAUGGUGUUCCUGUGAUUCUUGUGGAGUAACUCUUUCCCAGAAGGAUUUACAGCAGCACAGUGGUUCAUGCCCUCCCAAUUUCAAUGAUUGGGAACAUCCGUUUAUAAAGGAUAACACUUUAUUUAGCUUUCUGGAGCAAUCCGAUAUUAAUGAUGGUCCAAAGUUGAGAGAACAUGAGAAACAGUUUUUUGUAUUUCUAUCUCAGUCGGCCAUGCAGCUCUGCCACUUUCAAAUCGGAGAACAAGUUCUUUUGGUAAAAGAUAACGAGUCUACCAUCAGAACUGUGUGGCCAAGUUCAGAAAAAACUUUGACUUCCGUCACGAUUCCUCUACUAUUAUCAGGUAUGAGCCAAAAGGGAUCAGAAGAUAAAAAGAUAAAAGUGACUAAAUUAUCAAAACCGCCACUACCAGCUCUCAAGAUUCAACUAACCUCAAUUGAAGAACUUGAUCAAGAUUCUCUGAUACCUUUGUGCAAACAGAUGUAUACUGGUCGGAUAUUAAAACCUGGCUUUGAACUGUGGUUACCAUUUUGUGGGAAGACUGUCAAUUUAACAAUUUUAGCUUUAUCUCAUAACAUGGGUUCUGAUAGUGAAGACUUGUCCACCCAGUUAGAAAAACUUGAUAUUAAGGACGAUUCAAUGGAAAAUUAUUUUCUAAUAGUGGACAGAACGGAGUGGGAAAUAUUAAAUAAGUCUGAUACAAGCAAGAAUCAAACAAAAGAAAUUCGCUUAAGUGAUAUUGGGGGUUAUCAAGAAGUUACUAAAGAACUGAUUGAUACAAUUUCUCAUGCAUUGAAGCCAACUAGCUCCAAUAAUUAUUUUUCAUCAACAAAAGGAAUUUUACUCUACGGCCCAAACGGUGUCGGUAAAACGUACAUCACCGAAGCAGUGAUCAAUGAAGUGAAUGCCCACGUCGUUCAAGUUAAUAGUGGAGAACUAUUCAGCAAGUUUUUUGGCGAGACAGAACUCAGGCUGAGGAAGCUUUUUGAAGAAGCGAAAAGUAAAUGUCCGAGCAUCAUUGUUCUUGACAACGUUGACACUCUUUGCUCAAAACGUGGUGGAACAGAACAAGAACGGAGAGUAACAUCGUAUCUGCUAACUCUGAUAGACUCGUUGAAGGACCACAGAACUGUCGUGUUGGCAACAACGUCUCAGUUGAACCUUAUUGACCCUUCACUGCGCCGGCCAGGCAGGUUGGAUUGUGAAAUUGAAAUCAGCAUUCCUUCUGUCGCCGAUCGCAUCGACAUAUUGAAUGUUCUGCUGGCGAGAUGGUCUAUAGACGAGGCAGACAUCAGACGAGUGGCGCAGGCAGCUCAUGGUUACGUAGCCGCGGACCUGCAGUGUCUUGUAACCAAGGCGGUUAUGCAGGCACACACCCAGGGGGUUGAAACCAGUCACCUGUACUGGGCUUUGGCUCAGAUCAAACCAAGCGCAAUGCGAGAAGUUCAAGUUAUGGUUCCUAAUGUGAAGUGGACAGAUAUUGGAGGUAUGGAUGAGUUGAAGUUAAAGCUGCAGCAGACAAUAGAAUGGCCGUUGCGAUAUCCAGAGUCAUUCGUCAGACUAGGCAUUAGUCCACCGAGGGGUGUUCUUAUGUACGGUCCUCCCGGCUGUUCCAAAACCAUGAUCGCCAAGGCGUUGGCGACCGAGAGUAAACUGAAUUUCCUCUCGAUUAAGGGUUCAGAAUUGUUCAGCAAAUGGGUCGGUGAGUCAGAAAAAGCAGUGCAGGCUCUGUUUAAGAAAGCGAGAGCCGUCGCUCCGUCGAUAAUCUUCCUGGACGAACUAGACGCGUUGGGAGGUGAGAGGAGUGGUGCUAAGGAAGGAAGCAACGUUCAAGAGAGAGUUUUGGCUCAGCUGUUAACGGAGAUGGACGGUGUGGAACCUCUGGGCAACGUCAACAUAGUUGCUGCGACCAAUCGGCCUGACAGAAUAGACAAGGCGUUGCUGAGACCUGGUCGACUGGACAGACUCGUCUAUGUGCCACUACCUGAUUUGGCCACAAGGAUUUGUAUACUUCAGCUUCAACUUGUAAAGAUGCCCGUUGCAAGUGACAUUGUCAUUGACGAUUUGGCAUUGAGAACAGAGGGUUAUUCCGGAGCUGAGGUGAUAGCCGUUUGUCAUGAAGCAGCUAUGAACGCUCUACAAGAAGAUUUCAGCGUUUCUGAGGUUAAGGAGAAGCAUUUUACAAAAGCAUUAGAAACACUCCGACCACGCACUCCGGCUUCUUUGUUGCAAUUGUAUGAAACGUAUAAAAAAUGAUACUGCCUGA